UUCACUGAAUUAGUGAUUUAAGCACGAACGGUGUCUACUCGUGUCAUAAAUUCUUGUGAUUUAAUCUGUGUCCUAUCGGAUGCUGAUACUAUGUCAUCAACAUAAAAUCAUUUAUACUCCGGGUCUUGUGGUAUGCAAUACUUGGAUGUUUGGCGAAAACCACAGAUGACAUUUGACAGACACACAAAGAAAGACUUAAACAGACAUUUGUAUUAAAGAUAUUAUCACUAGUGUUUACCUUUAUACAAACUAAAUAUUUACAGGGCCUAGUUUUUGAAUACGCGAUGUUAGUGUUUUCUACGGCUUCUGUAUCAAAAGAAAACGAGAGUUGCAUCCUGUUUGGUUAGCAUUUUGUGUUUCCUUCAAGGAAGAAAUGUAAAAGCAUUUGUUAACGCGCUGUUUAAUAGAUACGUAGAACGAAAGCUAGAUGAAAUUGAAAGCGUUCCCAAAGAGCUUGCAAAUAAUUGCAAACCUUUUAAAUACAUUUACACUUUAGAUGGAAAGCUAUUCUUAACUUCUCUCUCCACAAUGCCGCAUUUUGGAAAAUUUAAAGCUUUUCUACUUCAUCAGGAGACAAAUUUUAUUUAUACGUAUGAAUUUGUAAAACGUUAGCAUUACAUAAAACGUAGAGAAUACGUAAUACAUACGCAAUGCACGAUACGCAAUGCACGAUACGCAAUACGUAACAUGCACGGAUUCCGUAACACGUUUUAUGUAUUUAACACAUACACAAUACAUAAUAUGCAUGCGACAUGUAAUACGUACGAAAUACGCUCUCUGUUUUUUGCAAGGAACUGCUUCUACAUUAGCUUUUUAUCUAAAAAAAUUGUCCAGUGUAUCAAUUGCCUUGUCAAUUAAGAUAGAAUGUUAGAAAUUUUUUAGAAUAUUAGCCAGGAUGACAUUGCUAAAACGUGUGUAGAUAGACCAUGAGUAAAAAAGAAUGAAUUUCCAUUUUCCAAUAUAAAAUUCUGCCUUGUACCUCAAAAGUCGAUAAGGCAAAUCUUUGGUUACAUCUCAGAACUAUUUGAUAUGCUGAAAAGCAAACUCGACUUUUGGUAACUUCCUAACAAAAUUUAAAGUCCAGCGCCGGUUUAGAAAAGAAACAGGUUUUUUAUGUAUGAGUCUUUGGAAUCCUUUCAAAUCAUUUAAGAAUACAGGUAUUGAAACACAACAAUCCACAUGAAAGGACUAGACGAAAUAUACAAACGUUUUGCAAAAAGACUAUUUUAUUAUUGUUUUUAUUAAAUACCACUUUUUGUCCUCAUAUCAUACAAAAUCUCGCCUUCAAUGAACGGGCAUGAAGAAAACAUCUAUGGCUGUUGAAAUCCUGCUUGAUUUUGCUCAAUAACCUUUUCUUUUGAGUCUUGGGCGAAUACAGUUUUAUUUACAUAUUCAGGCCUAACUACUGUGGUAGUUGCGCCAAAACACUGAAUCAGUUCCACCUGUAGAGACGGCACCAGUGAAAAUGUUUUCGAAUGAGCUUCCUGGGAAGUGUGAGCUGAUUGGGAGUAAAUGAUGAAUUCAGCUUCAUAUAAUAAGCAAGCAUUGCUCUUGAACAUUUUUUCUCCCACGAAAGGAUUUGAAAGUAUUCUAAAAAGGCGGCGGUACUUUUAAAGUAAAUGGCGGUUCAGUUUUAGGCCGAAAUGAGAAAAAAACCGCUUUUGAGCUCGAGGCUCGUGCUUGAGCGCUGAUAUCACACAGUCCAUGUGUCAAGAGCCCUUUCUUACGUAUUGAGAUUUUCUUCAUAACCUGAGAAUGAUUUCCAAGUAGCAUUUUCUUGUUCUUCUUCCUAUUAACAGCACUCAUAACGCCACAUUGAUACAGAUAUAGCUUCUCUUGACUAGUAUUCUUGUUUCUAAGACAUGUGUUGCAGCUUGUUUUACUUGCAAUCAAAUUCUGGACACCAUUUUCCAACCAUACCCAGCAUCUGCUAUCGUCGCCAAUAAUCACGACCUGGGUCAAGCAACCAAAAUUUUGGUUUUCAAAGGCCAAAAAAGCAUCAAGCAGGUUCCAUCUUGAAGUGGCUUUGACCACAAACAAGUUUCCAACAAUAAGGGAUUGGUCGUCCAGGACACAUAAUCUUGCGGUAGGAGAAUAGCUGAUUUUUAUGUCAAUGCUGUCUUGCCGCAAGGCGCAAGGAAAAGUUAGCCAUAAACGCCAAUAUAAUAAAAGAGCUCGAGAGAUUAGCUUUGAUUGCCUCAGAAUUUUUAAAUUGCCAUAGAUUUGUUUGUUAUCAUUUAAAGUGACAUAAAAAGUCAGUACAUUGUCAUGGUUAAAAGUCAAGGCCAGAUAGAGAUUUUGUAUUUUGCAAGUGUUGCUUGAUUCAAUCGGUUUACUUUAAAUCUUUUAAUAAAACUUAAGAGAUAAUAAAAUUCAGCUAAAGAGCACGAUUUAGCUUAUCGAUGUUAAAUUAUUACGCGUUAUCUUUUAUUGCUAUGUUGAUGACUUCUUCUGCUCCAUAACACGCCUGUAUUUACACUCAACAAUGACAGAAUCCUAAUGGCCUACUGUCAGGGAAUUUAACGGGUGCAGUUUUGAUAGCAAGUGAAUAUUUCUUAUAUAAACAUUUUCCAGUUGUGAAAUGGUUAAGCUGUGUGUUUUGAUGUCACAUGCGCUCAAUGUUUACGACACUGCGACCAAAUUUUACAAUAUAUCAAUAGAGUUAUGAUACAGAGCCCACCUAACUGUAAAUGCAAACUUCAAACAACGGUUCAGUAGGAAUCUGUUAUUGUAAGCAUCACAAUUCUGAUUACUUUCCCAUUUGUACGUGGGCCUGCAGGCUUACGGUUUCUCUUUUUAAAACCUUUGCAAGUGUCUGCUAUGAUUUCUUUUCAACGUUAUCUAACCUUCAAAAUUGAUCAAAUUCUUCCAGAUCAAAUAAAACUCUAUGUAGUCCGAGGUUUCUGCAUGUGAAGUUUUUAUUAAUCUUAAAGAUUGGUUUCAUUAAUGUUGCAUUUCUACCACGGAUAGAUCUACUAUAUUUUGUCAACAAAAGGAGAUUAUAUGCUUCGUUAGAGUAAUCGUUAUCAUGGCGAGUAACCGAAAUAAGAAAUGUCUAUUUCUUUUGAAGUAGCAUCCAAAAUCAAUUGAGAAACUUUAAGAUUCUUUCAAAUUCAUACACGUGUCUACUGCCUCAAUCGAAAUUCGAUCUCUGUUUAGGAAUCUAAGAUUCUAUUAAUGGUUGUAGAAUGCACUUCUGCCUUUGAAUUCUUCUUAAGACAACAGCUUUCUUCGUGGUAGAUAUAUUUUUGUCAAAAUGUGUGAUUUAAUGCCAACUUAAACCCUGUCUCAAUCAACGAAGUUGUGAUCACUGAAAAAUUAACUUUGUGACCAGAAACAUGAGGCUAUUUUAACUAUGGAGGAAGGUGAGAAAGAUUAUGAAUUUCCUGUACUUCAAAUUAAAAGUUCCUCUCAGAUUUUCUCUACGUAUUACAGGUUUUAUUUUGCUCAACCUGAAGUUUGGUGUCAUUCUCCAGCUUAAACAUUAGCACCUGUUAGAGACAUUUUAAUCAAGACCUUCCUCAAAAAAAGUACGCAGAUUAAAAUUAUAAGCCCGGCUAGCUACAUCGCAGAUCGAAAUUCAUGAUUUAUUAUCUUCCGCUUUGACUUCUUAACUCCGCAACCCGGUUGAAACACACAUUUAUGUAACCCACCGUUAUCCAAUACAAUACUUUGUUAUCCAUUGCUUUAGUUACUAAUAUAAUUUGUCCGUAACUCCUAAGACACCGAAUUCCUAGUUCACUGCGCCCGCGAUCUUUGCAAUUUGCUGGUGAGAUUGGGGAUUGGUAUGAUUAAGGUGGAGUAAAAACAACUACACGAUAACCAGCUGUAGCAAAAAAAAUAAUCCAAAGUGAGAUCUUCCUUCAGACAGAAAAAGCGAAAUGACUAACACGAUUAGGGAUGUUGUUAGGAUGGAGAUUAGUACCGGCAAUUGCAAUUUUCAAGACAUUUGUUUUCUGAAUUCAUACAGUAAGACAAUUUCGCAUCGACCAAGUUACGUGCCAGUCGCUUAUCUGUACUAAAAGCAAUACAAGUUCGAGGUAUAAGUUUAAUGAAUAAGAAUUUUAUAAUACAAUUAUUGUGAGAAUGAAGCUUCAAAGAGGCUACAAUCGAUGUUGUAACUCGGGAUUUCCCACACUUGGGGAUAAUCGUAAGACCUUAAUAUGUAUGAAUGUGAAAAAGUAUUUAAAGUCAGCAACUGUUUGUUCAAUUUUUCGUUGGGAUAAACCAAAUCCAAUAUAAAAUACACUUCAAAUUUUAAUCGACUUAACUAUACUUGCUUAAAUUAAUACCGAUUGUUUGAUUAGUCAGGAAAUGCUCACAAAAAUCUCUUGGUACAAAAUCCUUGAUGAUAAUCCAGUAAUCUUGGCCACAAAUAUAUACUUAUUUUCUCUUCUUUAAUAUCUUUAGCUUGAAUUCAUAUUUGCUAGAUGUUGUUAGAUGCUGUAGGAUCUAUAACAAUAAACUCUUUAGGCCUAAGGCGUUGUUAGGUUUAACCAGAUGUGUCCCUGUUUUCAUAUUUUCUUCAGAUAAGCUGAAUUUCACAUUGGAUUUUCCUGCUAAGAUACUUUGCUUGUUGGUUCAGCAUCUAUUGUGUUGUGCAAUGGCCAUGCAUUCAUUCAGGACUCUAAAUCACGUCUUUGUCAUUGUGAUGUCAUGAAACAACAACAACUCCACCCAUUCGCUAUUUCAGUUGAUGUUGCUAUGCUAUCGUCUCGUAGGUGUGAUUCUUUGUCCUUAAAAGUGAACAGACGGUAUUCACCUGCCUCUCUUUGUCGUUGAUUGAAUUUGCGUUCUCUACUCUCAAUCAAAUAUGACAUCUCGAAACCAAAAUCUCUGACCAUCUGGUGCGAAUGUUCUGUUGGUUUCUCCGCGCUCUGAUCGCGCUUUACAUUAGUUGCCUCGCACAGCCGCAUUGCCAGUCAAAUUUUUAAUCACUUGUGUAUACGUUUCGGCGCAAAGGACUCGAGUGCACUUAUGCAUAAGAACGUUUGUUGAGCUUCCUGCCUACCAGUUGGUAUAGAUGAUUCCGCGUCGAAGGCGGCCGUUUUCGGAGUACAGAGCUAGUCCGGUUGUAGGAACACGAUCACCAAGAGGUGCAAAAGCAUCCUUGCCUAGCACUCCAAAAGAGUCACCACCAUCUCCACAACUGUCACGAAUUCCACGUUUCAAUAGGCGACUUUCUUCAACUCCUGGGCUAGAACAAGAGUCCCCAGGCAGGGCCAACAGCCAGGCCAGUUUAAACUCAUCUGCAGGGAUUGUCCAGUCACCUGGUCCAGACAGAAUCAGCCCCAACAAUGGCCGACUCUCGAAAAAGCGUCUUUCUGCCAACGACCUAUAUGCUGAGUCGAGGCGCAGCAGUAUCCCUGCAUUUAGUGUAAGCGACCGAGGAAGCGAGAGGGGAGAUAGAGGUGUUUCCAGAUCUUCAAGCAGGCGGCCUAGUCUGUCAGAUAGUGGUAAUGGUGCAUCUCUGUUUUCUUCGCUGCAUGCAUCUGGCUUUGGUGGGUUGCUUGACUCAAGCCGAAGCAGUUCAAGGCGGGGAUCUUCGUUAGCUAUCGACCAGGAUGCAGCUAAAAAGGAAGGCGUUAUCAGCUUCAACCCGCAAAUCAGGACUGCCCCAGUAUCAGACCCUGGUCGCGUUCAAGUAUUCGUCCGUAUACGACCUCGAAAUGAUGACGAGGAAGCAAGAGGGGACCCAAUGGGUGUCUCAAUCGAAGAUCAACAGAUGACACAGUUGAAAGUUCUCGACGGGAAGAAUGAGAGAUUUUACCAGUUCGAUGGCGUACUCCCGGAAGUUGCUACAAACAGAGAGGUUUUUAAAGAAGUCGCCCAGCCCCUCUUGAGGUCGGCUUUGAGUGGAUUCAAUGGUAUUCUGAUGUGCUAUGGACAAACAGGAACAGGCAAAACCUACACUUUGAUGUCAAAUGAUGGAAUGACAGUGAGGGUGAUAUGUAAAUGUUUUAGAGUCAUAAACAAAGAUAAAAAGCACAAAUACACUGUUACGUGCUCUUAUUUACAAAUUUACCAAGACAAAAUUUACGACCUGUUAAACGCGACAAGAACUGUUGAUCUGUCUUUACGAGAGCAUCCUAAAAGGGGUGUAUAUGUUGAAAAUUUGACAGAAUACGUUGUCCACUCUCCAAAAGAAGUGUUGAAUCUUCUUAAAGUCGGUAGGCGGCGAUUGGUUUUUGCAGAGACACAAAUGAACCGUGCUUCAAGCAGGUCGCAUGCAAUAUGUGAAUUACGAAUAUUAAAAGAACGUGCAAAGGAUAAUCUAGAAGGGAGCAGAAGCCAGACGCCCAGCUUUAAUGAAAUGCAUAUGCACGAAGCCGAUCUUAGUUCUUCAUGGAGUGCAGAUAUGAUGGCUGAUGAUGAUUAUGGGGAAGAAGAUAUGUUCGGGGAAAGCAUGAAUAUUAGUAGAACAUCCAUUGAUAUGAUGGAAAAUGAGGACGACGAAGAGUUUGUCGAUGGCUUAACAGAUUUGGAUGACAGUGUUACGUCAGUCCGAGGAAAGAUUUAUAUCUGUGAUCUCGCUGGCAGUGAAAGAAUUAAAAGAACCAAAGCCUCUGGCGAGCGAUUGCAGGAGGCACAGCAUAUCAAUUCUUCACUUUUAGAACUCGGAAAUGUCAUCCAAGCACUGGCAGAAGGCCACAGAUCUCAUGUACCCUUCAGGAAUUCGACCUUGACAAGAUUGCUGCAGGAAGGAUUGUCAGGAAACUGCAAAACUCGCCUUGUUGUGUGUGUAGCACCAACUGCCAAAGAUGUGCAUGAAACCAAAUGCAGUCUCAACUUUGGAUCCAGGGCCAUGAAGGUGCAAGUGACAGCACAUGUUAACUAUGAGGUUGACUACAAGAAGCUCGCAGAAUGCCUUGCUGCAAAGCUUGAAAAUCUGGAAUUGGAAUGGAAUGUUCAGAAAAACGAUUAUGAGAAAUUUAUACAAUCUUUGAAACAUGAAAUCGCAAACAGACGCGGAUUACCUGGAAAGCAUUUUGAUGGACCAUUGAAGGAUGAAAGAUCAAAUGCGGACAAGCAACAGGUUCAGUCCCUCCUUGUUCUUGAACUGAUGACACUGCAAUUGUUCUAUGGCCUCCAGGGGAAAGGCCACUUAAUUGGAUCGGAAGAAACUGCCCAUGCUCGAAUCACACUGAUGUCUGACUGUAGUCGAGAUGUGCUCAUGCAAAGCAUGGAAGGCUUGCUAGAAUUGCUCAACGACUACGAGCGAGGUCCAAUAAUAAAAGCAGCCUCAAGAACGUCGAGCACAGGGUCUUCUGCCAUUACCAGUCCCGACUAUAUCGAACAUAACACCUUAGAAGGAAGCGACCUGCCGCCCACGCUGGAGCCAGUUGCAAGGUUUUUGGAGCACGCGCAGCAGAUUGAGAUGAAUUACAAAAAUAAUAUUGUGAUGGAGAAAGUAAGCAAAGAGCGAACGCGGAGAGUAUUGGAACAGCUGGCUCAUUUGAAGGAGUCGAUAAGCAGUGCAGCAUUGGGUUACCUGAAAAAGACAUUUGAAGUCAGUGAAGAGAUGCAAGAAACAACAGCAUCAACUUUGACGUCAGUAGAAGAUCUCGUUUCCAAUCUCCAAGCUAAAAAUGAGUUGAAUUUCCGCAAGGAUGCCGCUCAGGAUAUCGGUAUGUUGGAGAAUUCCUUGUAUUACUUGCUGAUGGAUAAGGCUUUGCUGAAUUGCAUUCUUAUGGUCGGAAGCCAGUCUGAAAACUUCGCUGAGAUCUGGAGUCAGAUAAGCACAACAAGAGUUGAAGAAUCCGACGAGGAUCGGAAGAGAAUGAUUGAAGAGUUGAAGACAGAGAAGAGGGAUAGCGAAAAGCUGAAAACGGAAGUAUUUGAUCUGAGAGAGGAGAAAAACGCUUCUGACGAAAAAGUUAAAGAUUUAGAGCUCGAGCUAAAGACAGUUCGAGAAUUGAAAGGAAGUCUAGAAACGAAGUUGUUUGCUUUAGAGAGUAAGAAUUCGAAGCUCGAGGAGCAAGUGGAGAAAAUCCGGAAGGACAAAUCUGAUUUGGAAGGUAAAAUGGAUGACCUAGAAAAACGAAAAGAGCUUCUUGAGAAUAAUCUGAGACUCACUGAAAACAACAAUGCGAAAAAAGAGAGAUUGUUAGUUGACCUUAGAAACGAGAAGGUAGCGUUGGAUAGCAUAGUGUCGACGUUAAAAGACGAGUUAACCAUAUUGGAGAAGGAGAAGCUCAGGGAUCGUGAUGAACGGAGAAGAAUCGAAGAAGAGCUGGAUGACGUCAAAGAUAGGAAUAUAAUCCUUGAAACUGAAUGGUCGUGCUGCAAGGAAGAAAAUGGUUUGCUUGAGACGGAGCUGACUGCAUUAGAAGAAGAUAAGGCGGAACUGGAAGAUGAGUUGUCAAAAUAUCGUGAAGAUGUUAGAAUGUUGGAAGAAGCAUUAGACAUUCUGCAAAGGGAAGCCGAAGAUUAUAAAACCGAGAUAAACAAUCUUCGUAGCAAGGAAGAAAAACUUGUGAAUGUGAUCAAACAAGAAAAGGAUCGGUUCAACAAGGAGCUGUCAGCAAUGAAGCAAGAAAUAUCGUCGUUGAGAGUCGAGAAGAGGAGGUUUCAGCGGGAUAUAUCGGUCUCCAAGGCUGAUCGUUCCAACACUGAAAGGGCCUAUAAUUCACUGAAGAAUCAGAAGGAUGCUUUGCAAGGGGAUAUAUCGACUAUGAGGCAGGAAGAGAAGAGAUUACAUCGCGAGUUGGCCGCACUUAGAAACGACAAGUCGAGACUUGAAAGGGAGGUCUCUAGUUUGAAGGUGGAGAACAGUCGCUUAAAAACCGAGCUUGUCAGUGCUGAGAAAUUAAAGAUGGAUGUACGGGUUCUUCAGAAGAACGAAGAGAAGCUCACGACUACUUUCAAGCAAGAUCGGGAGAAGCUUGUUGAGGAAAUGAACCAGCUGAAGGAUAAAUACGGGAAACUGGAAAGCGAGUUCAAUCAACUACAGAUAGAAAAGAAUAAGAUUUGGUUGCAGGUGAAGCAGUAUGAGCAUUCGCCGGAUGGACGCAAGAGUAGCAGUGCCUUGCGCAGGGUGAACCAUCCUCAUUCCAGAUCGUGUUCUAGUCCUGAUAAGAAAUUAAAGAGCUUGUCAGUGAACAGGCCAUCGAGUUUUGGUUCUGUCACAGAAAUAGAAGGAAAAGUGCUUGAUUUGCAAAGGCGUCUUGCGUUCUUUAUGGCUGAGAAAGAAGAUAUGCAAAAGGAAUUAAUAGUAUCUAGGGAAAAUAACAAGAAACUAAAUGAAGAAUUAAGAACUUUGGAACAAGAUACCUCGCAUAUACAAGGGCUGUUAGGGUCUCUUGCUGAAGAGAAAAACAGCCUUUUGAAGCGAAUCGAAGAAAAUGAGGAGGUACGUAAGCUGUUAGAGUCAGAACGAGAGCAGCUGAGAAAGGCAGUGCAGACAUCAAAGGAAAUCAACAGUAAGCUGCAGAUAAGAGUAGAUGAAAUAUGCGAGCGAAAUCGCGUCGUAGAAUGUGAUAGGGUUACGCUAGAACAGAGUGUGAAAAAGUUGCAAGGAGAAGCAUGCGUGUUGAAUGCAGAGAACAAGCACGUGCGAAAUGAGCUGGAGAAGGUAGAGGGGGAGCUGACAGAAACCAGGAAGAAAAUAGGCAGUUUAAGCGAAGAUUACAAAACAAUCAAUCAGAAGUUAACGGAGUCCGAAAGUAAUGAGAAGGAAGCGAAGAAUCAGGUUCUAGAAUUGCAAACCGAAAAUUUGAAUAUCAAAGAUCAAUUAUCUGAUUGUAGAGUGGAAGAAAAAGAAUUGCUAAAGCAGCUUGCAGCAUUGACGGAGAAGUUCAGACUUCUUGAGAGCAAGGUAGAAGAGGUCUUGAUAGAAAGAAGUGUCUUGAUGCAGCAUUCAACGGAGAAGCGACUGGUCUUAAAACAUACAAAGGAGCUCAGAGAAGCAAACAGCAUCUUGGAGCAGAGUUUCCAUGAUCUAAGAUUGCAGAUGGAAAAGUUAAAUGCCGAUGUUGAGGAUUUCAAGGAAGAGAGAGAGGAAGUUGAAAAGCUUAUUAAAGAGUUUAGUGAUGGGGAUACAGAGGGUCUUGAAGAGGAUACUAAGAAGACUUAUCUAGAUUCACUGAAGGCAUUGCGAGUUUGGAUUUUGGGAUUGAAAGAAGAUAGGGAGAAUCUCAUGGAAAAGACAACGGCCCUGACUAAUCAACUGAAAGAGUUAUCGAAAGAGAAAGAAGAGUUUAGUCACGUUGCAGCAGACAAAGCGGCUCGCAUAGAGCAGGAGAAAGCUGCCUAUCAAGAAAAGCUUAGUGAGUUGUACAAACAACUUGAGGAGAUUAUCCAAGAGAAAAAAAUUUUGCAAGCAGAGAUAGAUUUUCUAAGAACACAGAAUUCCGAGGUUCGUGCUGAGAUUGCUAUAGUUUUAGAAGAGAACGAGAAAUUAGAAAACGACCUUGAAGAGUUAGAAGAAGAUUUUGAAAAGCAGCAAAACGAGCUUGACUCAGCUAAAGAGGAGACAAAGAAUUUGUUGAGGCAGCUCUGUGGCAUCGAAACGAAAAACCUCGAACUUUGCACUGAUAAUUCAAACUACCAAGAUGACAUUGAAGUUUUGAAAGAAAAGUGUGAUAAAUUGAAAGAAGAGAACAAUACAUUGUUAGAAAAGGUUGAUAAUAACGAAAGUGAGAAGGUGACGAUGCACGAUAGAAUGCUGAUGGCAGAACUUGAAGUAUCAAGGAUGAGGGUAGAGUGUGAAGCGCUUUUAGAGCAAAGAAAGCGAAUAGAAGGCGAGCUUAUCAAUGCGGAAAAAGAUAAGCACUUGCUCAGGACAGAGUUGACAGGUCUAGCAAGGGCGUUGUCGCCUCUUAAAAAGGAGGUGAGAGCAGCUGUGGAGAAGCAGCUAGAGUUGCAAAUGGCGCCUCAAAGUACAUCGGAGAAGAAAGGACAUUUAAUCGGUGAAGAGAUAAUCGAGGAAGAAUUGUCGAUCGCUCAAGAGGAGCUUGCUGACUUUAAUACAGAAAAAGCUGCUUUAGAGGAAGAAGAGAAACUACUUCGUCGCAAAAUCCGUGUUGCUAUGAGCACAAAAAAGGAGGUUCGUCAAAGGCUACAUGAUUUGAUUUUAGAAUUGUCUAAUGAUAGUGGAAACGAAAGCAGUGAGAUCUAUUUGUCUGCCCAGAGCAGUGAGGUUGGUGCUGCUUCUGUGGAUGAUGAGAAGGAAUCAGAUAUUGCAGAAAGCAACAUUGAGGAUGACACGGAAAAAAGUUUGGUACAUCUUGCAGAACUGAAAGAUCUUAUAGAGCAGUCUGAAGUGCUGAAAGAGGAGGAGAAUCUCUUGAGGGAAGAAAUCGAAGGAGCAGAAAGAGCCGGAUCAAGAAGAAGCCAGGAAUUGUCAACAAUGUGUACAGAACUGAAGAAUGUUCAGGAUAAUUUGUCAUUGGCUAUGAUUAGCAGGAUGCAACUAUCGCAGAGGGUACACAAAGCUGGCAAGAAUGCUGCUACCGUUGAGAAUGAAAAGUGUACUUUGAAGGUAAAAGAGAUGCAAGAAGGUAUUAAUAAUUUGAAGACAAAUAUAAAGAAAUGUGAGAAAUCCGGGAGAACUCUUUUGACAGAUUUAAAACAGUUCAGCUCGCACCUCGAUCAUACAGAAAAUGUUCUUAUAAACAUUGAUAAUUACAAAUUAGUUAUCCGGAACCAUCUUAAGGAGUACAGAGAGAGAAACGCUUUCAUGGAAGGCCAGCUUAAGGUUCUUGAUGAAGAUUUGAAUGAAAUGAAAGAAAGAUUGCCGUCUUCCGAAGUUAAGGGAACACAACUACUCUUGGAAACGGUGCAACUGCAUAAACACCAGAGCAGUCUGGAAGAGGACCUGUCUAUUUACGAAAGUCAUAACGAGGAACUCAGAGCAGAGGCAACCGAGCUGUCUGAAAGGUUUAAAGAGUUAGAACAGGAGAAGAAAUUGACCAACACCACGCAGGAGACAUUAGAAGAUAGUCUGGAGAAUCAACAGAGAAAAAUCUUGCAAUUGCAAAAAGAGAAAGAGACGUUGGCAUAUGAAAAGAACAAGCUCCAGACUAAAUUAGCGUUGUUUAAAGAUGACAAAAAUCGGUUAUUGGAAGAUUUCGCACGUUUGAAUAAAAGUUUAUCAGCUUAUGCACAGUACAAUGGUGAAUUAGAGGUGAAGCUAGAAACAUUUAAAGAUGAACUUACCAGCCUUGAGGAGAAAGCAUCAAUGGUGAAAAACGGAAAGGCUAAACGACUGACAAACGGGCUUUCUGCUCUAGAGACUGUUAAAAACAUAUCGCCUGGGUUGCUGUGCGAUUCAUGCAAAGUUAAAGUGCAGAACAAGUUUUCAGGUGUCAGCAAGGGCACGCAACAGCUAGGAGAGGAACUGCUUGACUGCAUCGGCGAUAAUAUGUCCUUAGAGACGGCAAUAUUGACUUUCAUUGAUCAAAAGUCGCGAUUACAAGAAGAGCUUAUGAUUAUCGACUCUGACAGAAGAAGUCUUGAAAACCUGUUGCAAGCUAUUCAUGAAAAGUCUCACUUUGAUCUCUCUGAUUCACAGUUAUCACUAAGGACGAGCACACCUUUUAUGUAUUGUUCCGGACGCCUAUCAACUAGAAGCAAGUCCAUGACAUCACAUUCAGGGGAUUCAUUUGUUGGUGAUGCGGAGUUGCCUCCCAGUACUCCAAUGAGAUGCCACACCGCCUUAGGCAUAUGUAGCUCUUCAUCGUCGUUAAGCCAGGAGUACAUGAGUGAUGGCUCCGUGGAGUUAGGUGAAGGCGGGGUUGGUACACCCACCACCAAAACUGGUGCAACACUUUCACAGAGCGCUGCUUCUAAGUCGAGUUGCGACGAAGGCUUUAUGAGCGGUGUUACGCCAGAUCCAAUGGACGAAAAUCGUAACCAAGUCUUCGUAACGGUACCUGAAGGACAAUUGCUUGAUCAAGGUGACAAACAUGGAAAGGGCAAAGGGAACAUUAGUGGCUUUCUUAGGAAAUUUACCUCAAGUAAACGUAAGAAGGUCACCAAAGUGAACGGUACUGGGACCUUAUAGUAAGUAGACACCGAUAUAUGCACGUAUAUUAGGCAAAUAACGAAUUUAGGAAAGGAUUUUUAGAUUAAUGUAUACAGUGUUGAGAUUGCAUCUUGUUGCUUGGUCUUAGAAUUUGUGUGGAAUAUCAUCGGUAAAAAAGAAUGUAUUGAUAAUUUCCAAACUUGUUGAUUUGCAUUUCUUUCAAACUUAAUUAAUGAUACUUCCUCUGCACGAUGCACGUUGACAAAUAAAGCCUGAAAUCUACAAUUUGUUUAGCAUCAGAAAUUUACUUGAUGCCUAUGCUUAAAAUUACGAUAUACAUGUGUCAUUUGACAGCAAUUCCAUGCUAUUGCAAACAUGAGUUUGUUUCUUAAUUAAGGCAGGAAUAACUGAAUUGAAGUCAAGUAACAAGAUUUAGUAGUUUAGCUAAGUAAUUUUACAAUGUUUACUUUUUAGAGUUUGUUUUGGCUGUUGUAUGGCCAUGCUUUUAUCGUAAGCAAGCAGAGAACCGUUAAUCGAGAGUAUCUCUCGUUUUAAUAAAAACAGAAGAGUGUAGAUGUUGGAUAAAAGAAAGUGUGUCGUAUUAUUUAUUAAAUUAUUGCAUUCGGUAACAAGUGCACAGAUUUUUCAAAUAUGUAAAUGUGAUGGCAGUACCGUUUUAUUUAAAAAGAUACAGUCUCAUUUAUCUCAACAGUUUUAAGUGUA